AUGAAGGUGGGAUUCGAAAUACAACGAGCCUUACAAGCCUUGCUCAACAAGGCGACAGUUGACGGCGGCGCGUACGGUCACCUCCUCCACCACUUCACCCGCCACCGUCUCCCUCUCCACGCGCUACAGCUUCACGCACGAAUAAUCCUCUCCUCCAUCACGCCUGACAACUUCCUCGCUUCAAAGCUCAUUAAUUUCUACACCAGAGAGAACCGUUUCCGCCAAGCCCUCCAUGUGUUCGACGAAAUUACCGUUAAAAAUGCAUUCUCUUACAAUGCACUUCUCAUCGCCUACACUUCGCGUGAGAUGUAUUUCGAUGCUUUCAACUUGUUCUCGUCGUGGAUUAGAUCCUCGGGUAGUACUGCUAGGCCAGAUUCUAUUACCAUCUCUUGUCUGUUGAAGUCCCUGUCGGGUUACGAUGGUUUCUUGUUGUGUUCACUGGCUCAGCAAGUUCAUGGGUUUGUGUUACGAGGUGGGUUUGAUUCUGAUGUCUUCGUGGGCAAUGGGUUGAUCACUUACUAUACAAAGUGUGACGAUAUUGUAUCUGCGAGGAAAGUGUUCGAUGAAAUGUCUGAGAGAGAUGUCGUCUCGUGGAACUCUAUGAUUUCCGGGUAUUCUCAAAGUGGGUCUUACGAGGAGUGUAAAGAGUUGUAUAAAGUAAUGUUAGGUUGUCCUGAACUGAAGCCUAAUGGAGUUACUGUAAUAAGCGUGUUGCAGGCGUGUGGACAAUCAAGCGAUCUUGUUUUGGGGAUGGAAGUUCACAAGAAGAUGAUUGAGAGUCAUAUUCAGAUGGAUUUAUCCUUGUGUAAUGCUGUGAUUGGUGUUUAUGCUAAAUGUGGUAGUUUGGAUUACGCAAGAGCGUUGUUUGAUGAGAUGAGUGAGAAAGAUUCUGUGACCUACGGGGCUAUAAUAUCAGGUUAUAUGGCUCAUGGUCUUGUCAAGGAAGCAAUGGAUUUAUUCAGUGAGAUGGAGAGUGUUGGUUUGAGUACUUGGAAUGCUGUGGUUUCGGGUCUUAUGCAGAAUAAUAAUCACGAGGAGGUUAUAGAUUCGUUUAGGGAGAUGAUAAGAUGUGGCAACAGGCCAAACACGGUGACCCUUUCGAGCCUUCUUCCUUCGUUGACAUAUAGUUCAAAUCUGAAAGGGGGUAAGGAGAUUCACGCUUUUGCCAUCCGUAAUGGUUCCGACAACAAUAUAUAUGUUGCUACCUCCAUCAUAGAUAACUAUGCCAAAUUAGGAUUUCUCCAAGGAGCUCAGAGGGUUUUUGAUGCCUGUAAAGAGAGGAGUUUGAUUGUCUGGACUGCGAUUAUAACAGCGUACUCUAUUCAUGGGGACUCUGAUUCUGCUUAUAGUCUUUUUAACCAGAUGAUAUGUCUUGGAAUUAAGCCAGACAAUGUCACUUUAACUGCUCUUCUUUCAGCUUGUGCACACUCUGGAGAAUCAGAGAAGGCGCAGAGCAUGUUUGAUUCUAUGUUACCGAAGUAUGGUAUUGAGCCUGGAGUUGAGCACUAUGCUUGUAUGGUAAGUGUUCUUAGCCGAGCUGGCAAACUCUCGGAUGCAAUGGAGUUCAUUUCUAAGAUGCCAGUUGAACCUAUACCUAAAGUUUGGGGUGCAUUGUUGAAUGGGGCUUCCGUUCUUGGUGAUGUGGAGAUUGCGAGGUUCGCUUUUGAUCACUUAUUUGAGAUGGAACCUGAAAAUACAGGGAAUUACAUUAUCAUGGCGAAUAUAUACACUCAAGCGGGGAGAUGGGAAGAAGCUGAGAUUGUAAGGGAUAAGAUGAGAAGAAUCGGACUGAAGAAAAUCCCUGGAACUAGCUGGAUCGACACUGGUAAAGGAUUACGAAGUUUCAUUGCGAAAGAUAGUUCGUGUGAGAGAAGCAAAGAGAUGUAUGAGACAAUAGAGUGUUUGGUUGAGUCAAUGAGUGACAAAGAGUGUAUCAUUAAACAAGAGCUUGAUGAAACUUAUUGAUUUUUCUUGCCAUGCAGUCGAAUGAGUUCAAAGGUUUCUUGUGGGGCUUCUCAAGGAGAUACUAUGUAAUGAUUUUGCUUUUCAUGAUAUGUUGUUGUUGUGAUUGAACAUAAGGUUGAAUGGUCGGUAA